AUGAACCAGAGCCCGGCGGCGUUCGGGCCCCGGAGGGCCGGCUCUCCCGCCUUGGCGGCCGGGGCUGGCGCGCGGCGCAACGAGAGCCAAGACUACUUGCUCAUGGACUCAGAGCUGGGAGACGACGCGCAGCCCCCGCUGCCUGCCUACGGCUACUACCCCUGCCUCCGGGGCUCCGACAAUAGACUGCCCCACCGGCGGCAGACAGUUCUCCGUGAGAAGGGGAGACGGUUAGCUAACCGAGGACCAGCGUACAUGUUUAAUGACCACUCAACAAGCCUAUCUAUUGAGGAGGAACGCUUUUUAGAUGCAGCUGAGUAUGGCAACAUCCCAGUGGUAAGGAAGAUGUUGGAAGAAUGCCUCUCACUCAAUGUCAACUGUGUGGAUUACAUGGGCCAGAACGCCCUGCAGCUGGCAGUGGCUAAUGAGCAUCUGGAAAUUACAGAACUUCUUCUCAAGAAAGAAAAUCUCUCUCGCGUUGGGGAUGCCUUGCUUUUAGCUAUUAGUAAAGGUUAUGUUCGGAUUGUGGAAGCCAUUCUCAGUCACCCAGCUUUUGCUGAAGGCAAGCGGUUAGCAACCAGCCCCAGUCAGUCUGAACUCCAGCAAGAUGAUUUUUAUGCAUAUGAUGAAGACGGGACACGGUUCUCCCAUGACGUGACCCCCAUCAUUCUGGCUGCCCACUGCCAGGAAUAUGAAAUUGUGCACACCCUCUUGCGGAAGGGUGCUCGGAUCGAACGGCCUCAUGACUAUUUCUGCAAGUGCAGUGAAUGCAACCAGAAACAGAAGCAUGACUCCUUCAGCCACUCCAGAUCUAGAAUUAAUGCCUACAAAGGUCUGGCAAGCCCAGCGUACCUGUCAUUGUCUAGUGAAGACCCAGUCAUGACAGCUUUAGAGCUUAGCAAUGAGCUGGCAGUGCUGGCCAACAUAGAGAAGGAGUUCAAGAAUGACUACAAAAAACUGUCGAUGCAGUGCAAAGAUUUUGUUGUUGGACUCCUUGAUCUGUGCAGAAAUACUGAAGAAGUAGAAGCCAUUCUGAAUGGGGAUGUUGAAAUACGCCACAGUGGUGGAGAUCACAGUCGUCCUAACCUCAGCCGUUUAAAACUUGCCAUUAAGUAUGACGUAAAAAAAUUUGUAGCCCAUCCAAACUGUCAACAGCAGCUCCUGUCCAUAUGGUAUGAGAACCUUUCUGGGCUGCGGCAGCAGACCAUGGCGGUCAAGUUCCUCGUGGUCCUCGCCGUUGCGGUGGGACUGCCCUUCCUGGCUCUCGUUUACUGGUUCGCUCCGUGCAGCAAGAUGGGGAAGAUAAUGCGUGGACCAUUCAUGAAGUUUGUGGCACAUGCUGCCUCCUUCACCAUUUUUCUGGGACUGCUAGUCAUGAAUGCAGCUGACAGAUUCGAAGGCACCAAAAUCCUUCCUAAUGAAACCAGCACAGAUCAUGCAAAACAGCUGUUCAGGAUGAAAACAUCCUGCUUCUCAUGGAUGGAGAUGCUCAUUAUUUCCUGGGUAAUAGGCAUGAUAUGGGCUGAAUGUAAAGAAAUUUGGACUCAAGGCCCCAAGGAGUACUUGUUUGAGUUGUGGAAUAUGCUUGAUUUUGGAAUGCUGGCAAUCUUUGCAGCAUCAUUCAUUGCAAGAUUCAUGGCAUUUUGGCAUGCUUCCAAAGCACAGAGCAUCAUUGAUGCAAAUGAUACUUUAAAGGAUUUAACAAAAGUCACACUGGGAGACAAUGUGAAAUACUACAAUUUGGCCAGGAUAAAGUGGGACCCCUCUGAUCCUCAAAUCAUAUCUGAAGGUCUUUAUGCAAUUGCUGUAGUUUUAAGUUUCUCCAGAAUAGCCUACAUUUUACCAGCAAAUGAAAGCUUUGGACCUCUGCAGAUAUCACUUGGAAGAACGGUAAAAGAUAUCUUCAAGUUCAUGGUCAUAUUCAUCAUGGUGUUUGUGGCCUUUAUGAUUGGAAUGUUCAACCUCUAUUCCUACUACAUUGGUGCAAAGCAAAACGAAGCCUUCACAACAGUGGAAGAGAGUUUUAAAACACUGUUUUGGGCUAUAUUCGGACUUUCUGAAGUGAAAUCAGUGGUCAUCAACUAUAAUCACAAAUUCAUCGAAAACAUCGGUUAUGUUCUUUAUGGAGUCUAUAAUGUUACGAUGGUCAUUGUUUUGCUAAACAUGUUAAUUGCAAUGAUCAACAGUUCAUUCCAGGAAAUUGAGGAUGAUGCUGAUGUGGAAUGGAAAUUUGCAAGGGCCAAACUUUGGUUUUCUUACUUUGAGGAGGGAAGAACUCUUCCUGUUCCCUUCAACCUGGUGCCAAGUCCAAAGUCCCUGUUUUAUCUCUUAUUGAGGCUUAAAAAAUGGAUUUCUGAAUUGUUCCAGGGCCAUAAAAAAGGUUUCCAGGAGGAUGCAGAAAUGAACAAGAGAAAUGAAGGAAAGAAAUUUGGAAUUUUGGGAAGUCAUGAAGACCUUUCAAAAUUAUCACUUGACAGAAAACAGUUUGCACAUAGUAAACAAUCAAGUAUAAGGAGCUCAGAAGAUUUCCAGUUAAACAGUUUCACUAAUCCUCCAAGACAAUAUCAGAAAAUAAUGAAGAGGCUCAUUAAAAGAUAUGUAUUACAAGCCCAGAUAGACAAGGAGAGUGACGAAGUGAAUGAAGGGGAACUGAAGGAAAUUAAACAAGACAUCUCAAGUCUCCGCUAUGAACUCCUUGAAGAAAAAACUCAGAAUUCAGAAGACCUGGCAGAACUUAUUAGAAAACUUGGGGAGAAAUUAUCAAUGGAGCCAAAUCAAGAGGAAAGCAAUAGAUAA